AUGGCCGGUUUAAAAGACGUUGUCACUCGUGAAUACACUAUCAACUUACACAAAAGACACAAUUCUGAAUUGAAAUGA